AUGGCCCUUCCCGGCAUUCCCUAUGAGCGGCUGCUCGUCAUGGCGGACCCGAGGGACAAGACUGCUUUCAAACCGUUCUCCACCCAGCCUCUAUUUGUGUUUGGAAUUGGCCCAACCCAGGUGCAGGACCUUGUGCUUGACCUGACUGAGCUCAUAAGGGAACAGCUGAAAGAGCUCACCAAGCAGUAUGAGAAAUCAGAAAAUGAUCUCAAAGCCUUGCAGAGUGUUGGGCAGAUUGUUGGAGAGGUUCUUAAACAGCUAACAGAAGAGAAAUUUAUUGUGAAGGCUACAAAUGGACCAAGAUACGUGGUUGGCUGUCGUCGUCAGCUUGACAAAAGUAAGCUGAAACCAGGGACAAGAGUUGCUUUGGAUAUGACCACACUGACAAUUAUGAGAUAUUUGCCAAGAGAAGUGGAUCCACUGGUUUAUAAUAUGUCUCAUGAAGAUCCAGGGGAUGUUUCAUAUUCAGAGAUUGGAGGGUUGUCAGAACAAAUCAGGGAGCUGCGAGAGGUAAUAGAAUUGCCACUUACAAACCCAGAAUUAUUCCAGCGUGUGGGAAUUAUCCCUCCAAAAGGCUGCUUGCUCUACGGCCCCCCUGGUACAGGGAAAACGCUUCUGGCCAGAGCUGUUGCUAGCCAGCUUGAUUGCAACUUCCUAAAGGUGGUGUCGAGUUCAAUAGUGGACAAAUACAUCGGUGAAAGUGCUCGGCUGAUCAGAGAGAUGUUCAAUUAUGCCCGGGACCAUCAGCCUUGUAUCAUUUUCAUGGAUGAGAUAGAUGCUAUUGGUGGUCGCCGUUUUUCUGAGGGCACCUCAGCUGACAGAGAAAUUCAGAGGACUCUGAUGGAGUUAUUGAAUCAGAUGGAUGGGUUUGAUACUCUGCACAGAGUUAAAAUGAUCAUGGCUACUAACAGACCUGACACGUUGGAUCCUGCUCUUCUGAGGCCUGGAAGACUGGAUAGAAAAAUCCAUAUUGAUCUGCCAAAUGAACAAGCCAGAUUAGACAUUUUGAAGAUUCAUGCAGGUCCUAUCACUAAGCAUGGUGAAAUAGAUUAUGAAGCAAUUGUGAAGCUUUCAGAUGGCUUUAAUGGAGCAGAUUUAAGAAACGUCUGUACAGAAGCAGGUAUGUUUGCAAUCCGUGCUGACCAUGACUUUGUAGUUCAGGAAGACUUCAUGAAAGCUGUUAGAAAAGUAGCUGAUUCCAAGAAGCUGGAGUCCAAGCUUGACUACAAACCUGUGUAAAUUAACCAAGUAAUUCAUGAUUGACUGCACAUGUCAUAUUGGCUUAAUGCAUAAAAAGAGAGAAAUAAUGUACCUCUUAAUUAUUAUUGUCAGGUGUUUGUGUAAUGUGUAGCUAGUAAUUUGAUAACACUAGUUGCAAGUUGGCUGCAGGAGGAUGUUUUCAGUACAAUUCUGAAAUACAAUAUUCAUUACAGCCCAGGUUAAGUAAUAUGUGUGGAGGAGAUGUGCUCUCUUAGCAGUUAUGGGGUGAAUUUGUAAAUGUGCCUGAAUGGGUUAACAGAUUUCAAGAAAGUCAGUUUGUUCCUUGACUUUUUUUAUAUCAAUAAAUUUCCUUCCCCCAAACAGUUUAUGAAUAAAACUUGUUAAAAUCUG